AUGGAGGAAACACGGCUGCUUUUUCAUCAUUUUUUCAACUAUAAGGAUACACCAACUGAGAGGAAAAGAGAUGAAGAGGGAAACGACAAGAUGGUCAAGGGAUUGGCUUCUAAAAAGAAGCCAGUAUUCCUUCGUCUCAGGACCAAGCAAGCUAUGAUAAUAUCUGACGAAAUUGUGGAACCAAUCUUGGAACAGCAAGGCUCAUCAGAGAAAGCAACCGAUUUCGUAGCUGAAGAAACAAAUUACACAAGCUUACAGGAAAGCGUCAGUAAGGGUGAUUCCAUCGAGGUUUUCUCACUACAUGGAAGGCGAGUGGUUGAUAUAGGAUUUCUUUUCAAACAAAUCGCAGAUAUUUCCCACACCCGCCUUUUGAUUGCUCGUUUGCGGAUAUGCAACCCACCAAUGAGCUUUGAAGUCCAGGAUCACAUUUGGUUGUCGAUUGUGCAACAUGGAGAAAACUAUUGGUUUGGUGGAAGAUUGUAUCGAUGUCACAAAUACCAACGACGCGUUGCCAUAGGCAGCGAUAUCUACUGCUGA